AUGGCUUAUUCCUCCCCAUAUAUAAUAUGCAUAAUUUUGUUUGUGUUACCGUAUUUAGCACUUGCUCAAGGCAUUGAAACAGUAUCCGUAGGCUCGUCCCUCACAGCAGCAGACAAGGACAAGGCAACCUCAUGGUAUUCGUUUUUUGGUGAUUUUGCAUUCGGGUUUAAGAAAGUCCAGGAUCAGUAUUUGCUUUCCAUUUGGUAUGAGAAUAUACCUGAUAAAACCGUAGUCUGGUUUGUAAAUGGCGGUACUACCGUUCCUGCUGGAUCCAAAGUGCAACUGACUGCGGACCACGGAUUAGACCUCAGUGAUUCUAAAGGCAAAGAAUUUUGGAGAUCCGGAAUGCUGGCUGGUACAGCUUCUAAAGCUGUUCUUAAUGAUACAGGCAAUUUCAUGAUUUUUAAUAGCCAUUCAGAAAAGUUAUGGGAUAGCUUCAGCAAUCCAACUGAUACCCUUUUGCCUACUCAGACUCUGGGGAUAGGUGGUACACUUUACUCUCGCCUGAGUGAAACUAACUUCACGAAAGGGAGAUUUCAGUUACGCUUCCUUGAUAAUGGGAAUCUUGUGCUCAACAGCCGAGAUUUACUUACUAAUUAUGCUUAUUAUCCCUACUAUGGAGAUGUCAGUCCUAGCACAAAUGAUACUCAAGGUUACCAGAUACAAUUUAGUACGGCGGGUUACAUGUAUAUUGUUAAAGGAAAUGAUGCUACGGAGAACCUUACUACAAAGGGGAUCAUUCUGUCAGAAGCUUAUUAUCACAGAGCAAUUCUGCACUUUGAUGGUAUUCUUGUCCAGUAUUACCACCCUAGGGAGUUAACUAAAGGGACAAAGUGGACUCCUGUGUGGCAAAUUCCAGAAAAUAUAUGUCUUGAUAUUUUGGGAAUGGGUGGAAGUGGGGCUUGUGGGUUCAAUAAUGUCUGCAGACUUAAUGAUUCUAGAAGAGUAGUCUGUGAAUGCCCGGAAAGCUACUCAUUACUUGAUCUUAAUGAUAAGUAUGGCAGCUGCAAGACGAAUGUCAGCCAAAAUUGUGACAAUAAUGGUUUUCAAGAAGAUGUUUAUGAUUUUGUGGAGAUUUCUGAUACCAAUUGGCCACUUAAUGAUUAUGCGCAUCUAGAGCCCAUUUCAGAACUUGAGUGUAAAAACCAGUGUCUAAAUGAUUGCUUCUGUGCUGUUGCAAUUCACCGAGAAGACAGCUGCUGGAAAAAGAAGCUACCUCUCUCGUAUGGGAAGAAGGAACCAUCUGUAAAUGGUAAAGCUUUUCUCAAAUUUAGUAAAGUAGAUCUCUCAACAAAGAAUCGGCCCAAUACUCCAAGAGUUGGAGAUAAUUUACCUUAUAGAGAGAAGGGAAAAGGUACUUUGAUCCUUGUAGGUUCAGUGCUUUUAGGCAGUUCGGUGUUUGUCAAUUUUGUAUUGAUUAUUGUUGCUUGCUUCGGCUUCUUCUACAUCUACAGUAAGAAAAUGCAACAUUUACAACCUGCCAAGAGUAGUGUUGAAACGAAUGUCCGUCAUUUUACCAGUCAUGAGCUAGUAGAAGCCACAAAUGGGUUCAAGGAAGAACUGGGAAGAGGUUCUUUUGGCAUAGUUUAUAAGGGAGUGAUCCAGAUGUCGUCUUCAGUUAUUGUUGCAGUAAAGAAGAUAGACAGCCUGAUUCAAGAUGGUGCAAAGGAGUUCAAAACAGAGGUUAAUGUUAUUGCACAAACUCAUCACAAGAAUUUGGUGAGGUUAGUUGGAUACUGUGAAGAAGAGGAGCAUCACCUAUUAGUCUAUGAAUAUAUGGUCAAUGGAAUUUUAGCAAGUUUGCUUUUCAGCAGUGUGAAGCCUAGUUGGGCACUGAGGAACCAUAUUGCAUUGGGCAUUGCAAGAGGUUUGGCCUAUCUCCAUGAAGAAUGCAGCACGCAAAUUAUCCAUUGUGAUAUCAAGCCUCAGAACAUUCUUCUCGAUGAACACUACAAUGCUCGGAUUUCUGAUUUUGGGCUGGCAAAACUCUUGAUGCUCAACCAGAGUAGGACCAACACAGGAAUUAGAGGCACCAAAGGUUACGUUGCACCUGAAUGGUUUAGAAAUACUCCGGUAACUGUUAAGGUUGAUGUUUAUAGCUAUGGUGUUUUGCUGAGAAAUUAUUUGUUGCAGGAAAAGUUUGGAGAUAAGGCCAUCCUAACAGACUGGGCUUGGGAUUGCUUUCGGGAUGGUAGGAUGGUUGACCUUGUUGAAAACAAUGAGGAGGACAUCUUGAGUGACUGGGAGAGAGUAGAGAGAUUUGUGAUGGUGGGGAUUUGGUGCAUUCAGGAAGAUCCAUCUCUGAGGCCAACCAUGAAGAAAGUUACACAGAUGCUCGAAGGAGUUGUUGAUGUUCCUGAUCCCACUUGCCCUUCUCCUUUCCAUUGA